CAUCAAUCCUAAAUUGCGCCAUUCUAGUGCUGCGGGAAAACGGAGCGUGGAUACUUGUUACACCUGUAUGUCGGUGGAGGUUCGUCUGGUUCGUCAAGGGCACGGAUCACCACUGUUAUCGCAAUGCAAGGACUCAAUCUCAGUAGCCUAAAAAAGAAUCCAGCCUUGGUCCCACUUUACUUCUGUAUGGGACUGGGGGGAGCCGCUGCAGCUUUGUACUUGUUACGCCUGGCGUUACGUAGUCCCGACGUCUCCUGGAGGAAUAAAAAAGAGGCUGAGCCAUGGAAUGACUACAAAGACAAGCAAUACAAGUUCUAUACCACAAAGAGCUGGGACGAAAAUGCGCCAAAGACCAAGCCACCUGAAUAUUAAGCUACGACUCUUGUGAACUAGUAACAAGAGUGGAGCAAUGUUAGGUUCUCUAGGAGUCCGUUACUGUUAAACGUAAUAUAAUCCUGCUCGACACAGGCUUAUGUAUAAUAUUAAAUAAAGGAAUUAUUUCCAUGUAAUAAAAUUGUUGACACGCAAGAUGAAUAUGGUUUGCAUAUCUCUCAUGCUGUAGAAACAAUGUUUUAUUCAUGGCAAUUCAUGAGUGACAUAGUUUGCUGAAA